UUCAUCACAGGAUGAAGUUUUACAAACUUGAGUUACCUUUGGCAUGAGUGUGUCUGUUGCUCAGAGUAUGUGCUAGUGUAGAUUUCCUGUCUGAGCUCAGUAUGUGGGUGGACUUUUCUCCGAAAGUGACUCAGAGAAGAAACGGCAUCAACAGAAUGGAGAUCCCAUCGUUCUGCCUUUUUAUGUCAGCCACACUGAGCGUCUAUCCUGACAGACCUCAGUUCUUCCGCUACGAGACCUUCUCUCUGAGCUGCUCGGUGCCGGGGGGCUUCGAUGGCUGGGCGGUGAAGAGAAACACCUCCUCUGGGUCGGUUGUUCCAUGCGAGGUCGGCUGGGGUCGCUCAAAUGGAUCUUCCUGCACUAUUAAGGGCGUGUACUCGUCAGACAGCGGACUGUACUGGUGCCAGUCUGAACGAGGGGAGUGCAGCAACGUCCUCAACAUCACAGUCAACACUGGAGAUGUGAUCAUGGAGAGCCCUGCACAUCCUGUAACAGAGGGACAACCAGUGACUCUUCACUGUUUCCACAAGGAAAGAUAUGGGGCGAUAUCUACGUCAGGUUUCAAUGCUACGUUCUACAAAGACGGUGUUUUCAUUGGGAUCCACACUGAAGGAAAGUUGAUCAUUCCAUCGGUGUCCAAGUCUGACGAAGGCCUCUACAAGUGUGGACAUCCCACACAGGGAGAGUCACCGCAGAGUUUUCUGGCUGUGACAGACCGAGCUCAGCCGACCAGCGUUCCUCCCACUCCUCCUCCUCCUCAUCCUCCCAUCAUGACUGUGCCCAGGCUGGUGUGUUUCAUCCUGCUGUUUGUCUUCUACACUGCCAUAAUGAUACUGUGUGUGUGCAUAUACAGAAAGUGGGCUCAAGUUCGAGCUGAUGCUAAAAGAAGAAGAAGUCCUAAUCAUCUCGAACGGUGAGAAGAAGAAGAAGAGGAAGAAGAGAACACAGAAUAACCAACCUGCCAACAAACAUUAUAUGCUGAGAAAUUUUUACUGCAAAUAAGGCAAUAAUUUUAUUUUUUUAUUUAUCCUGUUUUUAAAAUGUAUUGAUGAGCUGUUUACAUUAAAGUCUUAACAUCUAAUAAUCUGUAUGAACUGGACCGUGUUGUUGAGAACGUCCUGGUUCCUGCAUCUGAUGAGUUUUAUGAUGGAUCAGCUCUGUGGUCCAGUUGUACAGACAGGUCUCUGAGACAAAGCUGUUCUAGAGGCAGGACUCACUGUUUGAGUAGAAACUGAGUGGCUGCAGCUGAUGAGGUACAAUCAGUCUCUCCAUUACUGAGAAUCUGAGAACGUGUACUUCUUACCAGGAAGGCAGCUUUGAACUGUUUGGCUUGGCUGCUGUCAAUGAGCUUAUUAGAGUUGUAUUAUUUUAUCCUAUGUACCAAUAUUUAUCUGUACUGUAUCUGAAUUACAGACUGAGGAAUAAAUCAUUGUUUGUUGUACAGGA